AGAACCCUAAAUGUUCUUUAAACCAUAAAUUUGAAGCCCCAAAUUGAAGUUCAAAUUCAGUUCUUUUCAAGAGAAUCAAAUUGUUUUUUUCAUUGAAGAAGGUCCUAUAAUGGCUCGAAUAAGCUUGACUAGGUUGUGUAUGCAAGAGGGAGAUCGUGAAUUGAAAGAGGUGCGAUGCAAACAUGGAUUUAUUCUGUCUUUGUUGACCUCUUUGACCCCAAGAAAUCUUGAUGAAAAAUAUUGGGGUUGUCCUUACUAUGGGAAUGCUAUAACAAGCGAUUUUUGGCUUUGGAAGGAUGACUAUAUUGAUCCAAGAUCCAGAUUUGUAAUUUCGAAUUUGUUGGAAAGAAUUGAUGAACUUGAGCAAAGAGUUGAAGUUUUAGAAAAGAUUAACAACAAGUCUACUAGGUCUACCAACUCUGUGAAAAUCAAAAUAGAUAUGAAUAAGAUAGAGUCGAAGCUUGACAAUUUUGAUGAUGAUUUGAAGAAAAUGAAAUUAAUUGAGAAGAAAUAAAAAAAUAAAUUGGUCAAGUCUAAGAAAAGGGAGAAACAACUUUGGAUUGCUCUUUUGUGUGUUUGUAUUUUAGGUAUAAGUUUUGUAUUUAAAACAUAUUGCCCAUGAAAGGAGAUUCAAGGAAGUUGACAUGAUCUCUUCGUGUAAUUGUAUUUGCAGGUGAAGGUUUUGUAAUGAACAUUUCCCUUUAUGUAAUCAAUAUUUCCCUUUGUGUGAUGAA